CCCUUUCUUGUACCUGCCCAGGGGUGAAUUUGCAGUCAAGAAGUUCAACCAUUUACCUCUUCUGAUGCUUGCAAAAAGAGAUCACAGCGCAGAUACAGAAAUACACAGGUGAUUGCCAUGAGAGGUGGAGAAAGCCUCACUGCUUGCAAACACUGAUCCUUCCUCCUGCAGCUUCCUCACUGAAUCCCACCCAGUUCAUGCCACAGGAUGAGCAACUUAACGAAGAGCAAGACAAGACUGCCAAGAAAUGCUAUCCAUCACAACUGAAAAUGUUACACAAUUUUACAACGUCGUGACCACCCAUCAGCUGACAGUCAGUCCAGGAGAUUUCCACAAUAAUUCAGAAGUGCAUCAGCUGGAACAAUAUGAAUGUAUUAAUGAAGACAUAGAGAAAUGGCUACAGGAUUUUCAGCUUAUAUUCCUCUGGUUAAUAUUUAUUCUGGGAGCAAUAGAGAAUUCUUUCGUCCUCAUCGUCCUGUGUUUCCACAAGAGUCGCUGCACAGUGGCUGAAAUUUACCUAGCAAACAUGGCACUUGCUGACCUAAUGCUCGUUUGUACUUUACCUUUCUGGGCCAUUAAUAUUUCUAACAAUUUUGAAUGGCCUUUUGGCCUGUUCCUCUGUAAAGUUGUCAACAUAAUGAGUUACAUGAACUUUUAUUCCAGCAUUUAUUUCCUGACAAUGGUGAGCAUCGACCGCUAUCUGGCCUUGGUGAAAACCAUGUCUCUUGGCAGGAUGCGACGAGCUGUCUGUGCCAAAUGGAAUAGCUUUGUAAUCUGGUCGUGUGCCUUGCUCAUAUGUUCACCUGCUAUGGUGUUCCGAAAUAUAAAGUAUUACAAAGAAUACAACAUCACAGCCUGUGCUCUUGUUUACCCAGCCACGUACUGGGAGCCUGUAACCAACUGCUUGCUGAAUAUUGUGGGCUUUGUGAUCCCACUCAGUGUAAUUACCUAUUGCACUAUGCAAAUUAUCAAAACCUUACGAAGUAAUGAACUACAAAAACUGAAGGUAGUCCAGACAGAGAAGAAAGCCACCAUGCUGGUCCUUGCUGUGCUCUUGCUGUUCAUUGUUAGCUGGCUUCCAUUCCAGAUCAGCACUUUCAUUGACACAAUCCGUUACUUCUCACCCAAGUCCAAAUGCCUGGAAGAAAUCAAUUACAUAGUGACACAGGUCACUACGUACUGUGCCUUUAGCAACAGCUGCCUGAACCCAGUCCUCUACGUAAUUGUAGGUAAGCACUUCCAGAAGAAGGCUGUGGAAUUCUAUAAGGGCUUGUUUCCAAAGAGGUGCAGAAAAUCUGAGUCUGUGCAGAUGGGAAAUUCCCUGGACACUUUAAGAACUUUCAUUUCAAGUGAAUGCUCAAGGCAAAAGUCUGGUUUUCCCUUACCAAAAUAGCACAAUUCAUUCAUAACAGGAAAGAGCAUAUCAACACAUCAGGCCCCACUAAUAUCCAUCUGCUGCUGCUCUACAGAAUAAACGUGUGGGAGUAUUCAUCAUUUGUAGGAAAUCAACAGUUUGAUCUUAGUGGAAGCUCCGUACAGAGACCUACUUCUGAUGUUAUGCAACAUUUUUCAUGAUUGAAUCCUACCUUGUAGCACUGUUACAUUUUCAUGGCUGGAUAAUAUUUGAUGCAUGUAUCAUUUGAAAUGUUUGCAUUUCUAAGGUGUGCGUUCAUGUACAAACAGUUCUUGGAACAGAGCCCAGUAUAUAAGCUAUUGCCAGGCUUGUGCAACUACUUAUGGUACCCAUAUAGUUUGUUAGACUACGUUUUUGAUAGGAAGGACUUGUAUUUAACUAGGUUCUGGUAAAUUAAUUCCAUAGGACUACUAUUCCAGUGUAUUUUUAGCAUCAUUUGGCUUUUAUAUUUUCUGUUCAGUUAUCCAAAACAGUUUUGGUUGUUUAAUUGACAACCUGUGCCUUUCUGCAACUUCUCUGCCUCUGCUAGAUACAGGUUUACACCAGCUUAUAUGUAUGGAAAGUAGCUCUACAAAGGAGAAUCAGAAGUGGAAGGGAGGCUGGAGCCAGCUGCAUGAAGUUAGCUUAGUUCUCUGUAGAAGAAAGUUCUUUACCCAUUUAGUGUCAGGAUAAAAGCAUUCACUUACUCCUUUUCAGAGGGUGAGUAUUAUUGACAUUCAAAUCUACACUUCUUCUCAGAGACUUAGUUUCUAGUGUCACAAAACU